GGACCUAUCGGUAUUGGGCUAUCCGGUCCAGUACCUCGGCGGUCCAUCAAAGCCUUCCCGUUGUGCGGCGUGGAACCUUUUUACUCCGCUUCGGUGUUCGUUCGUUCCUUCUUCUUCUUCUUCUCCUUCUUCAUUUUUCUCAUUCCCGCGAAAAAUUUCAUCUCCUUAAUCUCUCUACUUUCUCAUUUCUUUAGUCUUUCUCUACAAUAUUAUCUCACCACACUACUAGACAGACCAAACCCUAAAGUUCGUUGAAUGUCUUGUUAAAUUCUUCGAAGUGAGGUUUUUGAUAUGUUCGAUCUUCGUUACUUAGCAAAUCCCUUAUAGGAGAACUAGGGGUAGUUAGACUAUUUAGGGCCGGUUUGGUUGUUUCGUAUUUCUCAUUUCUUAUGUUUCUUGGUCAUUGUUGGAAAUCGGUAGCACCUGCAAAUUACUAAUGAACAUUGAUUGGGUUGCACCAAUAAAUGGGAUUAGAAAUAAUUAAUUUCAAGUUAGAUACUAUAUGUAUUCAUUUGUUAUAAAAAAUUAAUAAUUUUGAAGUGUGAACUAAUCUAUUAAAUAUAUAUUGUCAAUAAAUUUAAUGAAAACUGUAUGAGUUAAAUUGUUUUGUAAAAAUAUAACCAGAUCUUGUAAGGUAUUAUUUUAUAAAUUUCAUUUACCUGUCAAACACUGUCUUCCAAUUCCCAGGUAUCAUAUUCCUACAACUUUCUUUUCCUUUCGUUCUCUCCACCCCUCCUAAUAUCUUCUGUUUAUCGUGGAACUUGAUCGUGAGAGUUGGGAGCUAUCUGUAUGGUUUUGCCUCAUCAGUUGAUGGCGGGGGAUCCUGUGAAGACAGAAGUUCUUGAGGAUACAAAUGGCUGUUCACUUGGGGUGAAUAAAAAUGAGCUGAUACUUAGGCCAGUUGCUCAAGAUGAAUCUGGGGAGGGCUUGCCAUAUGCUCCAGAAAAUUGGCCCAAUCCUGGUGAUAUCUGGAGUUGGAGGGUGGGGAAGAGAGUUGCUAUAACUGGCCAUUUUCUGGAUAGGUACCUUUAUUCUCCUCGUGGUAUUAGCGCGUCCGAAAAUUCAGCUCGUAAAGGACAUAGUUUUGCAAGCAAGCUUUCAGUUGAAAGAUAUAUCCAGUCAGAGUUCCCUAAUGCAGACCUUGAUGCUUUUUUUGCUUCAUUCAGUUGGAAGAUACCAGCAAAAAAGUCAUCUUUAGCCCAAGGUAUUCGAGUAAAACAAAUUCCAUGCCCUUUACCCUCAAAAAAGAUAGAAGAAUGCUCUGCAUCUGAGUCCCAGAAUGAUAGAGUGGGUUGCAAGGCUGGAAAUAAGAACUGUUCUAGUUUAUCUGUUUCUGAAAAUCCAUCUUCAUCCAAAUCCAUGUCUUGUGGUAUUUGCUGCAGUGAACCUCGGUUUUGCCGUGAUUGCUGCUGUAUACUUUGCUGCAAGAUUAUAGACACGACCACGGAAAGUUAUAGCUACAUAAAAUGUAAAGAAGUGGUGGGUGAUGGAUAUAUUUGUGGACAUCAUGCUCAUAUAAAAUGUGGUCUUAAAUCGUAUACGGCUGGGACAGUUGGAGGAAGCAUUGGACUGGAUGCUGAGUAUUAUUGUCGACGUUGUGAUGCCAGAACGGAUUUGGUAUCACAUGUAGAAAAUUUUUUGCAGUCAUGCCAAUCAGCUGACUGUCGAGAUGAUGUUGAGGAGAUCUUAAACCUUGGUUUAUGUAUUUUGCGUGGUUCGCACAAAAUGAGAGCAAAGGAGUUGUUAAGACACAUUGAACUGAGCAUUGAAAAGAUUAAAACUGGGAAUUGCUUGGAAGAGAUUUGGAAGAUGGAGGAAGAUAGCUCAGCAAAUUGCACUGAUGCACCUGAUACUGCUGAUUCUACAGAAAGUUCUCAUGAAACUUCGGGCUCCAUUAUAAGCUCAGAAUGGACUAUGUCAACUCCUUUUGAUCAUUGGAUCGAGUCCCUUAAACUUGAAGACGAAAUUGAUCAGGUUUUGCAUGGACUGAAAAGAUCACAAGAGUUCGAGUAUAAUUUAGCUGAAGAAAAGCUUCUAUUACAUAAAAAUUAUCUACAUAAUCUCUUCCAGCAACUUGAAAAGGAGCAAACUGAACUCAGACAUCAAACACCAUCAACGGGACAAAAUGCCGUAUCAAACAGAGUGGACCAAAUAAAACGAGAAGUAAAGAGACUGAAGAGAAUGGAAAAGGUUGCUGAUGGAUUUGGAAUGACUCCGAAAGAUAUCCUCAAGGAGGACUUCGAUUUGGAUGUUGAAAUAGAGAAACGGGAUUGAACAAAUACGAUGUUUCACAAAAUUUCACUGAACUUUGUUGAUUCAUUUAGCCCUUAUGUGAGUUUUUGUAGUUUUUACUGUGUAUUAUAUGGCUUCACACGAGGCUGAGUGUAUGAUAUCGACGUUUUACUCGGUUUUUGAGGAUAGCUGGAUUCAGAAAGCAAAACACUGAGCCUAUACCGUUGUGGAGUUGCCAGAAGGAAUGUAGAGUAGAGAAAUUUUGGUCCACUGGAAACUAACCCUCUGCAACGAGUUUUCACGGUAGGCCUUCAUAUCAAAUUGUCAACACCAUGGAUUUUAUACUCUACUGACCAAACUGUCAGCUUACUCCUAUUUGUUAUCUUUGUUACUUAUACAUUGAAUGUAUUAGCAAAUGAGAGCUAGAAACGAGCAUUAUUUGAAGAUAUAUACUUAAAUCUUUGCCUCUUCAGCUCUCUAAGGAAACGAUUAUUUAUAUUUUGAAUUCUUGAGAACAUUAAAACUUUUCUCAAAUAAACUUCCACGUUCCCAUUGGUUGCUUGAUGGAUUGCUUUCCACGACUUCUGUGGAGCUUAGUAGUAGGGGAUCCAGUCUGGUUCAGAUUUCUUAUAACUACAUGCAGAAUAGAGGUGCUUUCUGUUGAUUACAUUUUGCUGAUAUCAGAACAUAUUUGAAACCCCCCACAAAAAGAAGAAGACACAAUCCCACUUGUUACAUAGAAAGGAAGCUUCGUGGAAUGUGAUGAAACCGCCAUUUUCUUUAUCAGGAUGAUGAUGAUGAAGAUGAUUGUUGCACCUACUGUUGACGUGUGAUUGUGUUCACGACAAAAAAGGUCGGCUCCUUUCUUUGUCAUCCUGGCUUUACUAUCCUUACGAAUGUAUUUUGUACUUUCUCUUUGAGACCGUAGUGAUAAUGCAAGUUUUGGAUGUUAUUAACUUGUCAA